AUGGUGAAGUACUCCAAAAGCCGUGAGGGCCGAGUCUUUGGGUUUGGUGUUACCCAUAUUCCUACCAAGAAAUCAGAAUCAUCAAAGCGCACUGUGGCUGCUGCUAAUGCUAUGAAGGUUGAAUUGGGGCGCCCUCUCUCAAAGAAUCAAAAGAGAAGAACACACAAAAAGCUCAAGAAACUACUGAGCUUGCCAAAUCCUGGUUGGGAUGGCCUUAUCACAGUGGAUCCCGCUGAAUUUUCUGGAGCCCAGUACUCAUUUGCCCCAGAGGAGCUACUUUUGGUUGAUGCCAAGGAUGGCUUUGUUCACUGGUUGGAUAGGGCCAAUGGUGUCUUUUCGUGCAUUGUCGUUCCAAGAAAAUUGAGGAAUGUGGCAAUGAAUGGUAACAAUACUGAAGUUGUUACGGCUGCCCUGGAACGUCUUCAAAAAAUAGAAAGAUCCAACAAACGUGGGGAGGGCCAGACUGGAGAGAGCACAUGCAAUGCAAAAUAUGCCAUCUUUGGUACCAAAGCUUUGCAAAGGAAAGGUCUUUCAAGGUCCAAACUCCAGGAGAAAUGUCCUGAAGAAGCUAAAAUUUUGGAGGCUUGGGCACUUCGCCUUGAACACUUGGCAGCAAAUCUCACUCCCUCAACUCAAUUACGUGCCAUCAAAAAAGCUGCUGAACUGGUUGAUUUGUGUACCAUUGAGGGUUGCACAUUUGGUGGUGCCCUUGCGUCCUCAGUGGAUUACUCAGCUCCGGCUCAUGUUGAUGAUGAUUUCUUUUUGUCGGCCCACCAACUCAAUGUUAGUGGCCGCUUUGGAGAUGAGGAAAUAGUGCAGUAUUUUUGCUUUCCUUCUUGUGGAUUUGCAGUUGCUUUGCGCCCUGGAGAUGUCAUCCUAUUCAAUCCCCAGGUUCACCAUUGCCUAUCCAAAAAGUCUCCCGCUUAUGCUGAGGACCGUGUGCAUGUCACUACCAUGUAUCUCAAGACUCGGCUGGUAGGAAAGAAUGACACUAGUGCAACUCUCACAGAAGAGGAAAAGGAAUAUUUUGUCAUGAAACUUUAA